AUGGACGGGGUUUACUCUGAAAAGUCUGAUGUAUUUAGCUUCGGAAUCAUGAUUCUUGAGAUCAUAAGUGGAAAGAAGAACACUUCUUUCUACGAUUCGGAUCGUCACCUGAACUUAAUAGGACAUGUAAGUUACCUGUACAAUGCAGUGUCUGGGAUCUAUGGACGGAAGGAAGAGUUUCAGAAAUAUACAGAUUCUUGUUUGGAUGAAACGGUCUCAACAAGUGAAGCACUAAAAUAUGUUCACGUUGGUUUAUUGUGUGUGCAAGAAAAGGCAGGAGACAGACCAACAAUGUCGGACGUGGUAUCCAUGCUCCUCAAGGAAUCAAUGGUUCUUGCCACUCCUAAGCGGCCGGCUUUUGCUGAAAUUAUGACUCUUAACAAUACCAAGUUACCUGAAUAUCCAGAAUUUUGUUCUUUGAACGAGGUCACAAUUUCAGAUGUGCAGGGUAGAGAAAGGUGGGAAGCCGGCUGUAUCCUCAAGUUAGGGGUAACCACCGGAGAUAAUCAGGUCUCAAUUCUUUUGUGGAUUCGUUUUGGAUUUGAGUUUGAUGACUAA